AUGCAUCGACGACGACCUUCGAAAUCGAUCCUGUUGCCACGAGCAGCAUCAAGCUAUUAUGGCAACAAUACGCACCAUCCCAUUUAUGCUCGACGCACCAUGGCACAUCUUCCCGAGACCAUUCCGGAUACAACCUAUCUUUGGGGUUACGCUCUUAUUGCAAUCACUGCCAUCACGUUCACCGUACUCAUGUAUGCUAUCAUUGGCAGUAAAUACGUUCCUGAUACGAAUAUCAAGCUACUGGAUUGGAUCAAACAUGACGAGUAUUAUUGUUUGCUUUUCCCUAUUACUGCUAUUGUAUGGAUCUACUUUAUCGUAUGGAAUUGGAUGGGAAUGAAGUUCUUUCGCCACAACUAA